AGAAUAAUAUGAAAAUUUUUGUGGCUGUUAAGAGACUUUGGGUUCCAUGUAUUGUUUGGGUUUAGUGCGUGGAGUAAGUAGGAUUGUGUUAGGCAGGAGCUGUUGUAAUUAGGAUUUUGGAUUUGAGUGGCGGGGACAUGUGACUGCUGUGCAAGGGGCUAUUUUUGGUGUCUGGGUGUUGGCAUCUCAUCAGAAACCAUGGAGAGUUAGUAUGAGGCACACUUGUGGAGUUAGACAGCGACAGACAUUGUGAUGUGAGUGUUUGAACUUUUGAACAUGGGCUGUUGUUUCGGCAAAGAAUUAAGUGGUAACAAUGACAAUGAAAAAACUGGCCUGUUACAAAAAUCUGUGGAAGAGAAGGAACCGGAGAACAAGAUAAGUAAUACUUUAUCUGCAUUAUUUGAUACGUUGGAAGGUGAGGAGCUGUACAAUGUUGAACGCGGAGCCAGCAGGGCAGCUGCUCAGACUGAUACGUGGCCAAGGGUAUUUGCGAGAUCUGGGCACAAACGGGCUCACAGGCCGAGACAGUUGUUCAACUCUAUUUCUUCUUUAAUGUGUAAGGUUCUAGCUAGGUAUGAAAAUUUGGAUGAGACUGACGAGAAUUCCGGUUCUGCUGCCGUUGAGCAGGCCUGUGAGACUGUCUGCAAGGGUGUGCGUGUGGACACUGCCAGUAGCACACGGGGUUUCUCUGCAGGUGUUGGCUCUGAAGAGGACGAGUGUCUUUCACAUGUCCCAGGGCCUUCUGACCAGGGUGUUCAGGAAGGAACCCUUGUAAAUAAUCAUCUGUGCCAUCACUUCAUCACUUGUAAAAGCUCCGUUGUAGAGAAAGAAAUUGCAGUAAAUGUUCACAUCAGUUGUGAUAGUGAGAAUAAUGCUUUAGGUGUGUCUGGUAGGGAGAUGAAGGGUGCAAACCCCAUUUGUGUGGGUCAAAAGCAGUGCUGGAAUUCAAGAGAGAACGAGUUUUACAGUAUCUCUGUUGUAGAUCCUGGCAGCCUGGACAGUAAUGACAGGCCGUGUGCACGCAGGUGUGGAGCAGCUGCAACAGAAGAGAGCCGCUCAGCUGUCACUUUUGAGGGGGUUUGCAGAGGGGCCUGGCCUUCAGAUAACGUUGCCCAAGGUCUGGGUGACUUAGAGGCACUGCAGGAAAAGCUGUCCUCUUAUGGCCUGCAGGGUCCUACUGAAGUGAAGGAAGUCUCUAAUGAAAAAAUGAAGCCUAGUUCUGAACUUUCGACUGACAGUGACCCAUCAUGUAAAGUAAACACUGGUGACAUGCAGGCUGAGUCUUUAAAGGCAAACACUUACACUGGCUUCUCUAAAGAUUACACAGAAAGUGGUGCCUCAUUUAAUGUUGGCAGAACACCUGAAUCAAAUACUAACAUAGACACUGACUCACUAGAAUGUGUGUGUGCCGUCCCUGAAGGAAGGAGCCGUCGCUCAGCACUAGUCAGUCCAGUGGGUGACUCACAUGUUAAUCUAAUUCAUGACACUUCCAAUGUUGAACAAAAUGGUGAAUCUAGGGCUGUAAAAGCUAGUGUAGAUCAGAGUUUACGCUCUGAAAAAGUAGGAGAAAAGAACUUUAUAAAAUCUGUGAAAGACAGUGAUUGUUCCAAUUUAGAUGUUAACAGAUCAGACAACUCAAAAAGCUGUAUCACUUCAGUGAGCUUUGGAAAUGAGUGUCUUCCUGUUCACCCUAAUUUUCAAGAAGCAGCAGCUAACAGAUGUGGUGAUCCCAGACCUGAACACCUGGGGCCCGCGAUGAUGGAGAGGCAGUACAGUGGUGAUCGAAACCUAAGAACUAGGAGCACCCAGCUUGUGAGCGAAGGAGAAUUGGCUUUGCAGCCUGAAAAUAGUUCAUCUUAUCAAGAUGAGGAUCAUGUUACCAGGGUUUUUGAAAGGAGAUCUUUGAGUCAAGAAGAUCUGUGUGCAGAUGCUGGAGCCAGCAUAGCCCAUGCUAAGAUCUGUGAUGUAACCUGUGCAGUGAGAACAACAAACGUGGAAGGCUUAUGUCAAAGAACAAACACCUCAGACCUCGGGAGCUCACAGGAAAUGCCCCCGAACAAUGAGACUUCGGAUGGCCCCAGAUGUGUUCAGAGUAACUUUAUGUCCUCUGCAUUUAUCUUCACCUUGAGUGAAGAAGAGGGUGAAACAGAUCUGAAUCAUAAAACAGAAGAUGAACCGUGUGUGAAGAGUUUAGGACGUGGCCCUCACAAACUAGAAAAUGGUGAAAAACAACCACUAAAGGCUAAUCAGAGAGAGACAAGUAAAAAUGACACAGAAAAUGUCAAGUUAGACUCCAAAACAAUCUUUUACUGGGAAACAAAUAAAUUAAAAUGCAAAGUAGUGCCCAGUCAGGGUGUAUCGGCUUGUGUUAGUUCUAGUAUAACAAAACCCCCUGAUUUUGAAACAAAUCAAAUAGAAAAACAUGAAACCUGCAGAGUGAAUAACUGCAGACAUGAAGAUCUUCAUCUUGUAUCAUCUGCAAGUUCAGGUACACAGAUGUCAGGAGCAGAGGAGACUAGCUCUUGUAACUGCGGUGAAGGUCCAGAACAGGAGCAGGUUUCCUGCACAUCCGCUGAAGUCUCUGAUGCCUUAGGUACUGGUGCAGUGACAGGGCACAAACCAAAACUCAUAGGGGAAGAGGUGGAAGAGGGACCUUACAGGGAGAGAGACAACAGUGACUCUAGCAGCAGCAACUGCAAAAGUCCAUGUGGGACAAGCACAUGUGCACAAAGAAAUGCCAAAGCUGCAGUUAAUAGACCUACAUUAAACAGUGAAGUGGUUUUUGUGGGAAGUUCGAGGGCCAAUUUUGGAGAAAUGGAGUUAUGUGACACUCUUGCUGGUUAUUCUUGCUUGGCUAUUGUGGAUCCUGCCCAAGUGGACAGACAUAGAGCUAUUCCUCCUCAAGUACUGCAGGCAGUUCCUGUCAACCCAGGUGAUAGCAAAGAAAUAGUAUUACCAAGUAGUGAGGACCAUGUUUUAUCAUUCUCAGAAGACACUAUAAAUAUAUUUGAAAAUCCCUUAAAGGGGGAUUUACAGAGCUUCCCAGAGGAACUGUACUCCCAGUUUUUGAAUGAACUUUCCUAUUACCCUGUAGGAGGGUUGGCAAAUCAGGUGUUUUCUGAAAGCCUGGCAGAUGGUUGUAGAUAUCCAGUGGGCUGUCUGUGGACUAACACAGUUGUGAACGGUGCACUAGAAGAUGAACAAAUACUUAGUGGGGACCUGCACAGUCAGCCACAAGACUUUGAGAUCUCUUCAUUUUGGAUGGAAAAGCUCCCUUAUCAGCUACCAGUGGCAGAAGAUGGUAUUAUUUGGGGAUGGCAAAACAGAGGUGCACAGUUAGUACCAACAGCCAAGGUUUCGGAACUAAACCCCAAUGCAAAAGUAUGGGGGACGCCGGUGUUACAUUUGGAGGCAGGUAGCUCAGCGGAUGGUAGUGUGAGUGCAGCCUGGGAGGACACACCUGACCAGUGCCCCAGCUACGGCCAGGAGGAAUUGGAUGUCAGUGGUGAUGGUGACAAAAGUCAUGAGAAUGCAGCACUGUCAGAGUUACAGGAGCCGGAUCAAACAGCUAUGAACACUUUGCCUUUGGAUCACUCAGAAUAUGAAUCUCUGCCUGAAAACAGUGAAACAGGAGGAAAUGAUUCUCAGCCAGAAAGCCAGGAAGACCCCCGAGAAGUACUUAAAAAAACAUUGGAAUUCUGUUUAUCCAGGGAGAACCUUGCUAGUGACAUGUACCUUAUAUCACAGAUGGACAGUGAUCAGUACGUGCCAAUCACCACAGUGGCUAAUCUGGACCACAUCAAGAAGCUCAGCACUGACUUGGACUUGAUUGUCGAAGUGCUGAGAUCUUUACCUUUAGUCCAAGUGGAUGAGAAGGGAGAAAAAGUAAGGCCAAAUCAAAAUCGUUGCAUAGUAAUAUUACGUGAAAUCUCUGAAUCCACCCCUGUAGAAGAAGUAGAAGCACUAUUUAAAGGAGAUAAUUUACCAAAAUUUAUAAACUGUGAAUUUGCCUAUAAUGAUAAUUGGUUUAUUACAUUUGAAACUGAAGCUGAUGCGCAACAGGCUUACAAAUAUCUGCGAGAAGAAGUCAAAACUUUUCAAGGAAAACCAAUUAAGGCACGGAUAAAAGCAAAGGCAAUAGCUAUAAACACAUUUUUGCCAAAGAAUGGAUUUAGGCCCCUGGACAUGAGCCUUUACACACAGCACCGUUACACAGCAUCCUUUUACUUACCUCCCAUCUAUAGCCCCCAGCAGCAGUUCCCUCUGUACAGCCUGAUUGCUCCCCAGACAUGGUCAGCAACACACGGCUAUCUCGAUCCACCCUUGGUAACUCCAUUUCCAAAUACUGGAUUUAUAAAUGGGUUUACAUCUCCAACCUUCAAACCCACAGCAUCUCCUCUGACUUCACUCAGACAAUACCCUCCGAGAAGCAGGAAUCCUAGUAAAGCCCAUCUGCGCCACACCAUUCCUACUGCAGAGAGAGGGCCUGGGCUGUUAGAAAGUCCAUCAAUAUUUAACUUCACUGCGGAUCGAUUAAUUAAUGGUGUGCGGAGCCCACAAGCAAGGCAGACAGGCCAACCUAGAACCCGCAUACAGAACCCUCCAACUUAUGCCAAGAGAGAUGCUGGGACCGGGCGGGUGGAGCAGAGUAGUCUUGACUCCUCUCCUGGCCUAGGUAGAGGCAGGAAGAAUUCCUUUGGUUACCGGAAGAAAAGGGAGGAGAAGUUUACAAGGAGUCAGACUCAAUCUCCAACGCCACCAAAACCUCCAUCCCCGAACUUCGAAUUGGGGCUGUCUAACUUCCCCCCGCUGCCUGGAGCGGCAGGCCACUUGAAGACUGAGGACUUGUUUGAAAACAGGCUGUCUAGCUUGUUAUUAGGAUCAAAAGAAAGGAGUCACAGCGCGGAUGCAGGCACGAGCACUCUUCCCGCAGCGACCCCCAGAGAGCCCCCAGGUCCAGCCCCCUGCACCCUGUCCAUGGCCCACGAGCGCACCCCUUCCCCUGCCCACCUGCCCGAGGACCCCAAGGUGGCGGAGAAGCCGAGGGAAGCCCCGAGUGCAGACAGACUUACUUCCACUACCGCCAGUAAAUCGGUGCAGGUGAACGGCACCACCACGGAACUGCGGAAACCCAGCUACGCCGAGAUUUGCCAGAGGACGAGUAGAGAGCCUUCGUCCUCCCCGUUGCCACCCCCAAAAGAACAAAAGCCAAACACUGUUGGUUGUGGGAAGGAAGAAAAGAAGCUCACAGAGAAAGAGCCCUCUGCCCCCAAGUCCAACCCAGGACCACCCAGGGACCAGAGGAGGCCGCUGGGCCGCAGGCCCUCACCUCCCGCCACAGGGAAGCGUCCACACAGAGAACAGAGUACCCCUCCCAGGUCCCCUCAGUGAGCGCCGGGGUCAGGGAGGGCUGUGAGGAGCUGAGGUCGCCACAACUAAGCACUGUCGCACUCGGUACCAAGAAUGAGCCACUGGUUAGGAGCUUGCAGUGUAGACAAGGCCCGUGAGAUGCCUGCAAGUUAUUUUUCUUCUAUGAGUCGGAUUUUCCCCCCUCUUGAAAAAAAAAAUCUAUUUUUCAGGAUUUAAUUAAUAUAAACCUUAUUUUAGGUUGGUGCUUAACUGGAGGUGAUGCAUAAGUCUGAUUUUUUUCAGGAUAGGAAAUGCAUUUAUCCUAACAAAUUGAUAUUUUUUAUUAAGCCUCCAUGUGGCUAUGAAUGCAAGCUAUAAAUAGUGAGUUUUUCUAAAUUAAGUGGAACUGUGCUACUUCAUUUUUUAAAAUAACUGGUUAGCAAGUGCAUAUUGCUAAGGAUAUCAGACUGACGGGCAAAGCUGAAGACAGUGGUUGGGGGCACAAGGCGAUGCUGUGGGUGUAGCCUGGAAGAGAGAUGGGUCAGAUGGUGCCACACACUGGCCAGGGCCAAGCACUCAUUUAGAUCCUAGCUUUUUGUAAAAAGUGCAGUCCGUUUUGAUCUACUGGGCAAAAUGAACCUGCAAAGAGCCCCCAAGAGCCUAAAACCUUGAGUUUUGAUGCACUGCGAAGCGAGUAACCAGCUCCUCACUCCAGUCUCAGUGGCUAUUAUGUAAGAUAAAUUCAAAGCACAUUGUGAAUAGAACUUAAAGAAAACAUAAACUUUGUUGCCCACUGACAUGUUACCAUGACAUUGUACCCUGGUAGUGUUUUUGUUCCCAUGAGCUGGUGGGAGGCCAAGUCCCCCUCACAUUAGUUGGCUUCUGUGGGUGCCUCCUUGUACCUCCCCAACGGCACAUGGACCGAACGUUACUUAGUUGUGGGAGAAUGUGUUUGCAGUGCCCUGUGGGAUGGAGGAUGAGAAUUCUCGCUCUCUUUACCUCCAAGAUGAGGGUCUCACUGAUUCCCUUCUGAAAGUGCUGCACUCUGAACCCGCAUGCACUAAAGCUAGCAGUUUAUAAUAAAGUUAAAUAUAAAUUAUUUUCUUUUAAAAUGCCUAAAUUUUUCUUUAAGUAUUCUAAGCAGCAGACAUUAAAAUAAGAGUAUUUCCUGCUAAAUGUAACCAUACAAGUUUAUUCCACAAAAUGUUAUUUAACAAGACUGAGGGUUUUUUUAAAAAAAUUAUUUCCAUCCAAUAUUUAAAGACUUGAAUUUUAUUUAAACUUGAAAAUGACUUUGCCUUAACUUUUGUAUAAGACAGCGUAGAGUUCCUGGAGACCGGCCCCUGGGUUGGCAUGAGUGGAUUGCAGUUACUCAGUGAUGUGGGAUCUACUGGCGCUAGUUUUACUGAGUAAGCGUACUGGAGUACGAGGACUAGCCGUCGUGUGUGUAAUAUACCUUGGAGAUCUUACACAGUCGCUCUUUUUUCAGAUUGUUUAAAAAUCCUGUAAAUGCAAAUAGUCGAUACUGUAUUAAAUAUGUGCACUUGGGCGUGUGUGCUUUGCUUGUACAGUUGUAAAUAAUCAGAACAUAUUAAAAGGGUACCCUUAAGAGAAAAAUCUGAUAAAAAUUAUUGAUAUAUUAUAAAUGUUGCUAUUGAGCUGGAUGUAGAUAAACUAAAUGUUGUGGUUUGAAUAUUAUUUUAAUUUGUUGAAGUUUUUUUCCCCUCUUAAACUGAUGUGUUGAGCUGAUUCUGCCUCUUUGCUACUGCAAAGGGAAGUGGACAGUCUCGUGAAAGCCUUUGGAUGUGUCCAUGCUCUUCCUAAAAGUAUGUAAAUAUGUGCUAAUCAUAGCUGGUGUGAAAGGGUUUUUGAAGUGUAAUGUAGAAAGCAGAAACUGGCAGUAUCUUCAAGGGAAGUGAAAAAUAAUCUACUGAAAAUCACAAAUAGCCGGGCAUGAUUUACCUUGCCGGAGGGAGGGGCCCUCCUCCGAGCAGCCAGCAUCCUUUACACACUGAGAAGUACACCACAGUGCUAAUAUUUUGAAAAUGCCUGUAAAGGGAACAUGGGAAUUAUUUCUUUGUGGUUGUCAGAUAGCCAAUGAAAAAAAUUAGAAAUAAGUGCCCAACUAAUGAGUCCCGAAGAGAGUUGAAAAGGCAAGCUCCAAACCUAGGAAUUCCUUAGUGUUGUGGUCAUUGCUGGAAGAGGUAGUCAUGGUCAUCCUCAAGCCCCAUAACAAAAAAGCCUUUUUUUCCCUGAGGGGGUGCCUGCUGAAGCUCCCCUGUAGCUGGUGAGUGCGGAGCUCAGCGGCUGCCUGCAGGGUGGAGGAGGCCGCCAUGAGCGCAGCAGGCCAGGCAGCGGGUGUGGUGAGGCGUGUGCCGCAGUGACCACUCCCAUAGCCAUGGCACGUGGCAUCCAGAAUUGAAACAUUGCUGUGGUGAAUUUUUAUAGCAUUCUUUUUAAUUAAGCAAAGGUGAUAAUGCCAAAUAUCUGUAUAAUGUCCAAAAAAACCACCUUUCUGCUACUACUCUUGAGAUUUUCCACUCAGAAAAGAAUGGGAGUUGGCACAACUGGAAGCCGUGGUGCAGGUGACAGCUGUCACGUACGCCUAGUAGUAUAUAGCUUUUGUACAUUUUUAAAAAUGUAACUUUUUUCCCCCCAGCAGUAUUUUGAGGUAUAGAAUCAGAGAUACAGCAAUCACUUGUACAAUUGUGUGAUGAUACUUUGGAAAUAAAAGAAUCCUGCCCCAUUUCUCCAGACAUGAAUUUCAAGUAUUGUAGUUGCUUCUUGAAGAGUUAGCGUCACGAUGUUUCGCAUCAGGCCCCCCUGUAGUCUCACCAGCGGCUGUCACUAGCUGUAGUCAGGAGCACAGCAGGUUCCGUUUCUCCCCGUGUCAGCAGACGAGGAGGGUGUGAGCUGUGGGUAGGGGUUACGCAGAAAGCAGCAGACAAUCGGAGACUGAAGGGGAGCCAAGAGCUGCCAGUUCACAAACCAGGAGUGUAAUGUGGAAGCUUUCUUGAGGGUUUUUGUUUUUGUUCUAUUCUUUUCAUUAAGACUGGAAUCAAGCUUAUGUGUAACUAUUGGUAAUUUAAGUUUCCUUUUGUGUCAUUCAGUGUAAAACUGUCUAAUUUGGAAAAAUUGUAGGUUAUGAAAAAUAAAGAUUUAGGCACUGUUCAAUUUUUCUUUUGAUUUUUUUAAAUUAAAAUAUUCUUUAAGAAUGUACCUUUUUAAAAAUAAUUUUUUGUGUAUUCCCAUCAGUGUACAUGAGAAUGAAAUACGCAUUUCCUCUAACUUGUGUUUGGAUUAUUAAAGACUUCUUAGCACACGUGUGAAUUAUCUGUAGCAUGAGGGUUCUCUCCAGUUGGCUUAAUGUUUUAAGAUAAUUCAGACCGACCAUUAAAAUCAAAUAUUCAUGAGGAAACUGUUCAUUAAACCCAAGAUUUACCACAAAAGUAAA